AUGGCCAGCCAAGACGUCCAUCUGAACCAUCAGCAGUCCAACGCCAUCACCAACAUUAUCCACCACGAGUUUGCUCCAUGGGUUCGCAACGUGGACUCGGACUUCACGCUCGGAUACAGCUCUGUUGAGGAAUGGGUGUUCGAACGCCAGCAGAUCAUAUUUGCGACGCACCCGUACUUUCAAGGCGAUGCUGUCGUCCAGAACCGACAGCGUCUUCGCCGCCUGAUCGAGCGCAAGUUCCGCCAAUAUUACAACACUAUGCGACGUGCUUAUCUUGCCUCCGCUCCGGAAGGGCAGGACGCAGCCCCUCAAUAA